GCUUGAAAUCUCUCUAACCGGGGAUUCAGCAAUCAUCACUAUAAUGGCGAAUUUGUAUUUAUCAAUGGAAUCAUCAUAGAGGAGAUAGCUGAAGGAGACGAAAAUGAGUGAGACGAAAGUGAGAGAGCAGAGGUGUUGCAGCCGUCGUUAUCUCCGCCCUGCAAAAAGUGCCAAGCUUGCAGAAAUUUCAGAAAAAUAUAUGUGGAAUCCCUAUUAGGCGCCAGAGAGAGUAGAACAAUAAUAUUAUUGAGUUCUCUUUCACUCUGAUUUCUCAUCUGAGAGAUAAUGGAGGAUGCAUGUGCUCUUGUCUCGACCAAAUGUAUGCCACUUUUCGAGAAUUGAAGUUGACAUACGAAGGAAGGUAAAUUGAUAACACUACAUAAUGGAUCGGCCAAAAGUUCGUGGCCCGCUUCCUUAUGAAUUGGCAAAGCCUUGGAAAGAGAACAAUGAGGCUACAUCAAGGGGGUUCAUGCUAAGCCAUCCAAAUUGUACUGAUCCCAGUAAGAAACCUCAGGAGUUAAGUUUUCAAGAGGCUAAACCAAUACUUAAUUAUUCAAUCCAGACAGGUGAGGAAUUUGCACUUGAGUUUAUGGACCAUGUGAAUCCUAGGAAACCAUCUGUUUCAAACACACCUUAUUCUCAUGGAUCUGUCCAACCAGCUCCACAUACAUCAUCAGACUACGGAGCAUUUGAUAGUUCAUCAAGGAAGAUUAAGGUCUUAUGCAGUUUUGGUGGUCGAAUUCUUCCUCGGCCAAGUGAUGGUAAACUUAGGUAUGUCGGGGGUGAAACCCAUAUUUUCUCUAUAAAAAAUAACAUAAAUUGGCAGAAGCUUUGGAAGAAAGUCAUAGCUAUUUAUAGCCACACUCAUGUAAUUAAGUAUCAGCUUCCUGGGGAGGAUCUUGAUGCAUUAGUAUCUAUCUCUUAUGAUGAGGAUAUUCAGAAUAUGAUGGAGGAAUGUCACAUCUUAGGCUAUGGAGAAGGGUCAAAGAAACUAAGAAUGUUUUUAUUUUCCAUGACUGAUCUAGAUGAUGCUCAUUUUAGUUUGGGGAGCAGUAAUGCUGAUUCUGAGAUUCAAUAUGUUGUUGCUGUCAAUUCCUUGGAUACAGGAUCAUUGAAUAACAUGAACUUGCAUGGAAUGAAAAGCACUUCAGGCAAUAAACUAGAUAAUGAGCCUCAUGCUGAUUAUAUUCUUUUCACUAUGGGGCAUGUUCCACUGCCCUCUCAAGGAGAACUGAUUAUGUCCAGAGUGAAGAGUGAUGGUUCAAUCCUGCAGGAGUUUGGAAAUUAUUUCACACAACCUUCUGUAAAUAGUUUUGUCUUGCAGGCAGAGGCUGUUGAUGGAAAACUCAAAGAUCCUUUUCCUCUAUUCCAAGAACUAGAAGGAGAAUUCUCAUUGUCAUCAAAGAAUGAGGAAACACACCAUGUUCCUGUAAGAAUAUCUUCAUCUUUUGCCAAUUUCAAUGAAUAUCAGGUUCUUCAAUCUCGUGACAAUUCAUGCAAGGCUUAUAAUGGUGUGCUUACUUCUGGAUGUGCCAACUCUGUCUCUGACCCUCUAGAUUUGAGUUACCUUGAAUCAGUACUUCCUCGGAGGACCUUUUACUCUGAGAGGAUCCCUCGUGAGCAGUCAGAUUUACUAAUCAGGUUAUCAAAGUCGGAUGAUUCAUUUGGUUCUCAAUUGCUAUCUGGCCAUCCACAUUCUGGGUCAACAACAAAAGAUUUUAGUUCUGAUCCAGUUCAAAAGUUGCAGAAUGAAAAUCUCCUUCACCCUGAUCAGCUUAUCUUGUCUCAAAAUCCAACUUCAGUAGAUCCACAUGUUUUAAAUGAUGAAAUUAUGCAGCCCCCGUCAUUGAAACAUGUGUUUUCAGAUACUGUUGUUAAAGAUCCUAUAGAUGAGGGUAGAAAGCAUAGACCUUACAAUGAAGCAACAUUUUAUAAGGAUAUGAAGAAGGAUCUCUUGGUUAAUGGAAGAACUGAAGUUGGAAGUCAAGGAACCAUUUCUGUGAACCAAUUGGGUCUUAUAAAGUACCAUGAAGAUACUUUGCAUGGUAUCCCUGACAAGACUGAGGACAAUGCAAUUGAUAACUUUAAAGGAGGUUCUCAACCAUCUUCCUGGAUGGAAAGCUCAACCAAGGAUGCUUAUCAAGGGGAUCCCAUGUCUGGGGAUUCCAAACCAGAACACGGAGAUAUCCUUAUUGAUAUCAAUGAUCGAUUCCCACUGGAUUUCCUUUCUGAUAUAUUCUCAAAGUCACUUCUUUCAGAUGAUGACUUCCCUAGCAUUAAUAAAUUGCAGCGGAAUGGAUCAGGUUUGAGCUUGAACAUAAAAAAUCAGGAUCCUAAACAUUGGUCAUUUUUCCAGAAAUUAGCUGGAGCCGGAUUUGCUCAGGGGGAUAUGUCUCUUAUUGACCAAGAUCAUUUUGGUUAUUCAUCGGGACUGCCAAAUGUUGCUGAAGAAGUUUCUCUUACUAAUGAUUUUUCACAAUUUACAACAGAUAUUCAAUUAAGCCAUGUGGAUUCCAAAAUCAACUAUGGUGGAGAAGAAGAUCACCAAGAAUUGAAUGGUGCAUCGUUAGAGAAUCUUACUCUGGUGUCAAACUACAAUCCUUCCCAGGAUGAGAUCAGGAGUGUUGGCCCACCUCCCUUAAACCCAUCUUUGGGAGAGAUUGAUAUCAGUACCUUGCAGAUUAUAAAUAAUGGAGAUCUUGAAGAACUUAAAGAACUUGGCUCUGGUACAUUUGGGACUGUAUAUCAUGGUAAAUGGAGAGGAACAGAUGUUGCCAUUAAGAGAAUAAAGAAGAGCUGCUUUACUGCUCGAUUGUCAGAGCAAGAGCGAUUGACUGUAGAGUUCUGGCGGGAGGCUGAUAUUUUGUCAAAGCUUCACCAUCCGAAUGUUGUGGCAUUUUAUGGUGUGGUGCAAAAUGGACCCGGGGGAACACUUGCUACAGUGACAGAGUAUAUGGUUGAUGGUUCUUUGAGACAUGUCUUGCUUCACAAGGACAGGCAUCUUGAUCGACGUAGAAGGCUCAUAAUUGCCAUGGAUGCAGCAUUUGGUAUGGAGUAUCUGCAUUCAAAAAACAUUGUGCACUUUGAUCUGAAGUGUGACAACCUUCUUGUCGAUUUGAUAGAUCCUUCACGUCCCAUUUGCAAGGUUGGUGAUUUUGGACUGUCAAAGAUCAAAAGGAAUACUUUGGUUUCUGGUGGAGUUAGGGGAACUCUUCCAUGGAUGGCUCCAGAGCUAUUGAAUGGGAGCAGCAAUAAGGUUUCUGAAAAGGUUGACGUGUUUUCAUUUGGUAUUGUUCUAUGGGAAAUUCUCACUGUAGAGGAGCCUUAUGCAAAUAUGCAUUAUGGUGCUAUUAUAGGAGGCAUUGUUAACAACACAUUGAGGCCAAGCAUUCCAAGCUAUUGUGACCUGGAAUGGAGAGAGUUGAUGGAGCAGUGUUGGGCUCCAAGCCCACCAGCCAGGCCAUCCUUCACCGAAAUUGCUAGUCGAUUACGAGUAAUGUCCAAAGAACAGCUUCACAAGGCAUGUCAACCUACGUAGUGGGGAUCCUGUUAUGAUCAAUUUUUUUUUUGUUGGUUUUAUACAAUUAUACAUCAUACCGGAUUUGUACUAUAAACAUUACAAAUUGAAAGUUACCACGCAAUUAAAUAUGAUUAUAGAA